UCUCCCAAUCGCUUGGUCUCCUCCUCCCCCAGACGGCUAUAGAUCAGAUGACCAGCAAGCUCUGUUUUCCAAUGCUUUCUGCAUUCCUGGCUGCCAGCUUCAGCUGCUAAAGGGGCUGCUGCCACCUUCUGCCAUCUACACAGCUCAGGAAAAGAAAGGGACCUCAAACCUUCCAGAUCCCUUCCUCUCCCAGGAAACUAUUGAGCACAGGAAUAAAGAUGACUGCUAUACCAGUAGAUGAUUGCAUCAACUUUGUGGGAAUGAAAUUUAUUGACAAUACACUUUACUUUGUAGCUGACAGUGAUGAAAACCUGGAAACAGAUUACUUUGGCAAGCUUGAACAUAAACUCUCAAUCUUACGAAACUUGAACGACCAAGUUCUCUUCAUUAACCAGGGAGAUCAACCUGUGUUUGAGGAUAUGCCUGAUUCUGACUGUACAGAUAAUGCACCCCGGACUGAAUUUAUCAUAUAUAUGUAUAAAGAUAGCCUCACUAGAGGUCUGGCAGUAACCAUCUCUGUGAAUUAUAAGACCAUGUCUACUCUCUCCUGUGAGAACAAAAUUAUUUCCUUUAAGGAAAUGAGUCCUCCUGAGAGUAUCAAUGAUGAAGGAAAUGACAUCAUAUUCUUUCAGAGAAGUGUUCCAGGACAUGAUGAUAAGAUACAAUUUGAGUCUUCAUUGUACAAGGGGUACUUUCUAGCUUGUGAAAAAGAGAAAGAUCUUUUCAAACUCAUUUUGAAAAAAAAGGAUGAAAAUGGGGAUAAGUCCAUAAUGUUCACUGUUCAAAACAAGAAUUAGAUAUUAAAAUUGCAUAAUUUGAACUUUCUGAGUUUUUGUCUUUCAGAAAGGUUGUAAGACUUUGUGUCUAUAAUUGUAAUAAUGAAAUAAAAUGGAUAAUGGUCUUAAAAGAUACCACUGAGAAAUGAAUAAUAAUGUAUCACAAAAUUGAGUUGACUCUUCCUUAUCCAGAUAAAUAAAAUAUUUGCAUAAC